UGGCACUUCCGUGUUUACAAAAGUGUCCGUGAGUGAACGCGGGUGGCUGUAGUUUUCAUAAUAACUGGACGUGUCAGGCAAGCUGACAAGACGGUGAAUUUUAUAUCCGAAUAUAAUGGAAACGCAAUGUGCAAUAUCUGAGCACUGAGCUAACAUUUAUUCUCCGAGAUGAGGAGCAGUUCAUCCACAUCCCUGGCGCCCGGGCGCAGUUUGGGUUCGGUUCGUCUAAAUAGUCCAUCGUUUUGUUCAGGUUCGGCACAAACAGUUGGGUUAUUAGAUUCUGCCGCCGAACAAUUAAUGGUGCGUAGAGAUUUCCAAGCAGCUGUCGAGACGUGCGAGAGAGGGCUGGACGUUCUCAGCAACCACAAUGAACAAGGAGAAAACAGUUUCAGGUAUGGAGAGCUGAAAGCAGCCUUGUGUGUGGUGGGGAUCCAAGCAUUGGCUGAACUCAACCAGUGGCGCAGGGUCCUCACAUGGGUACUUAAGCAAUAUGGUAGCCCGGAAAAGAUGCCAGUCAAAAUUGUGCAGAUGUGCAUACUCCUCUAUGCCAAAGUGGGGGAACCAGCUACAAUGGAGGAAGUGGGCUGUCAUUGGCUCAAGUGCCAUGCCAACCGAAGCAUACCAGCCUAUGGGACUGUUGCAGAGCUGUACCUCAUACACAUACUUUUGCCCCUGGGUCGACUGGGAGAAGCACGUGAGCUGUUGCUGGGAGAGGUGGGAGGCACUGCAUUUAACGAGGAUCAAAGGCGAGCGGCACUGGAAAUUGUGGAGAGUCAGGAGGGACACAGCCAGGGACGGCAGAGUCCAAGUGCCGGCCCCCCGGCCAGUCCAGUGAGCACUGAGCUCAGCACACAAGCAGGUGUUGCUGGUGCUGCUAGUCGGAGGCUGGAAGUCUUAUUGAGGCUGAUGCACAGAGGGCUCUCAGUGGCUAAGAGAGGCUUGUGGUCGUUAUCUCUCCGGAGGGCCUUGCUGGCUGCCUUCCUACUCUACCUGGUUCUAGUCCGGCUGGACUCAGCUCUGCCGCCAUCCUUCCCCUGGAUCUCUCGCCUGCUGCAAAUGUUUAGGCAGAUGUGGGAUACCAUGUUUGCUCCGUACUAUCGAGCUAGCUCUUUAAGCUAAGCCAAAAUCUUCUGCGUUGAACCAUUUCCCAGAAAGACGGCAUGUAUGCUAACAUCAACUGGUGGAUCUGGACUACUUAGUCUAUGGCUAUGGAAGAUUGAAGAUUUCCACGUUGAAUAACCGAUGAUUGUGCUAUAAUUGUGUUUAAUAUGAUAUAAAAAAUUGAUGUUGACUAAUUUAUUUUAUUUGUACAGCAUUUUGCAUUGAAUUAUAGUUUGUGUCGUAAUUGUGAUUAAUGCUGCAUUAAAAUGCUAUAUUAUUUAA